GAUCCUGCUGACGGUGGUGGUGAUUUUCCGCAUCCUGAUCGUGGCCAUCGUGGGCGAGACGGUGUACGAGGACGAGCAGACCAUGUUCAUGUGCAACACCCUGCAGCCGGGCUGCAACCAGGCGUGCUACGACAAGGCCUUCCCCAUCUCCCACAUCCGCUACUGGGUCUUCCAGAUCAUCCUGGUCUGCACCCCCAGCCUCUGCUUCAUCACCUACUCGGUGCACCAGGCGGCCAAGCAGCGCGAGCGCCGCUACUCCUUCCUUUACCCGCUGCUGGAGCGCGACGCCAAGAAGGCGCGGACGCUCAACGGCGUGCUGGCGCCCGGCCCCGAGAGCGGCCCAAAGGACGAAGCCGAGUGCCUGGAGGCCAAGGAGCCGCCCGGCACGCCGCCGC